CACUGAUUCUUCUUUUUAGCUCGAGCGGGGGGACCUCUGCCCUUCUCUCUACACUAUUUUGGCUGUAUUCACUAUUCAGGAGAGCCCACUGUCCACUUCACUUAACCGGUCAGCUUCUGUUUCUUCUCCUUUUCUCUCUUUUCCUGCUAUUUUGCUGGUGUUUGGCUUCAGGUUGCUCGAGGGUUUUGGGUUUAGUUUGUUCGAUGAUCAGCUUCGAAUAGUCUUUCUGUGUUGAGGGAGUGAUCAUGGGAUUUCGGAUUCCGCUUUCUGUAAGCUUUGCUUUGUUUUGGGACAUUAUUCUCUUUUUUUGUGAUUGUUUGUGGUGGGGUAUUCUCUUAGUUAUCGGUAAUUUAUAUGUUACAGUGAUGGUGUGUUUCCAUGAUCGCCUUAGCAAUAAUUUGUAGCUCACUCCCCUGUUCUUUAAAGGUUUGAAAGUUGCCGAAUUUAGUUGUGUUUUUGUGGGUCGUCAAUGGCGAUCAUCGUGUUUCUGUACUCCCCCGAGGCCCCGGUUGUUGGGUUAUGCUUCCGCGGACUUUCGUUGUUCCGGGAUUUUCUGAAUUGCUUAGGUUUAGCUUUCUCCUUGAGGGUUUUACUUUUAGACCCCCUACGGUGGAUAUUUAUUCGAUUAAGUAAGAGGUGAAGAGGCAGGAAAUACAUCCUUUUUUUACUAAAAAACGCACCAUUGCAAAACAAGAUGGAGGACAAAGUUACGAGUGUGACUUGGGUUGGUGGUAUAUACAGAAAGUUUGAAGCUUUGUGUAUGGAGGCUGAUGAUAUGAUGCGCCAGGAAGCUCAAGCCUUCAUAGAAAACCAUCUACAAAGCGUGGGUGCUAAUGUGAAGCAGUUUUGCUCGGAAUUUGUACGAGAUGUGCUUCCUGAGUCUUCUAAUGAAUCAUCUACGGAAGUCAAGCAACAUGAUCUGGUCUUGAAGGAAGCUACUGAUGCAGUUGCCUACAUGAACUCUGAGUCAGCUGGUGAGGAAAAGCAACUUCAAAUUCAGAAACACGACAUGCUCCCAGAAAGGACCGAUCUUGGGGAGUAUGUAUCCUGUAACAACCCAUCUGUUGGGGUCACACUUCAAACUGAGUUGCCUUCGGCGUUGACCGUCGAAGAGAGCUAUUAUGAGGAGGAAACCCAACUUCAAUGUGAGAAAAAUAGUGUGACAUCGGAGGACCCUUGCAAAUCCAGAGUCUCCGAUGAUCUACUGGAGAGCCACUCUUCCUCGAAUGAUGUUCCAUCUUCAGUAGCUGCUGAACUGGCAGACUCCAGUGAAGAUGAGAGUUUGCAUGUUGAACAUGCUCCUUGUGAGCAAAUCGCUGCGGGAAACUCUACUGGUUGUUGCAUUGAUGGAACUUCGAGUUUGCUAUCUCCCAAUGGAGUCAAGCUUGACGAAAGCUGCAUUGUAGUGGAUGAUGAUUUAGAACUCUACAUUCUUUCGAGUCAGGAAAGAAAACUCGAAAGUAGUCACUGGUCUUACAAGAAAAAGUUGAAGGAGGUUCUGGCCUUGGCAUCGAAGUCAAUGAAGCAGAAUCGGAGAAACACGGAUCCAGCAGCAGCUCGUUCGGAAGUUAGAGAAGUGGAAGAAGAUGGUAAUGAGGAGAACAGUGAAUCAGACUGGGAAAUCAUCUGAGCAGUGUGUAUUCUUCUUAAAAUUUUAAACUUUUCUGGAUGGAAAAAUAAGGAAUAACGAGUGUAGAGAGAGAGAGAGAGGGUGUUGAAGAUGUAGCAAUUUUGCGGUAAAACAACUGAUUACUUUCUCUGUAACGUGGUGGAGGAGAUGGCUUCUCAGUUCUUCUGCACUCUCCCACCAGCGUUUCGCUGUUACUUCACCGGCACUGCCGCACUGGGAAGGGUUGUAGGCAUUGAUAUGUAGACGAGAGUUUCAAUUGGUACAGGUAAUAUAUAGUAGGAUCAUCUUAGUUUAAGCUGAGAUUUAAAGCUUAAUGGUUUCUCCUUGCAUCCGGCAGCAUCAGAUC